UUGCUUCCACAUUGAGGACGGAUGUGUUGAAAAUGCACCAGUUAGCGAGGGAGUGACUGAAGGGCGGCGGGCUGUGGGGCGGGGCGGCGAGCCCUGGGAGUGGGACAGCCAGUCAGUCAGUUGGCCGCCGCCCAAAUUGUCGUACAGUGCGCUACUAAGCUGCCGGGGAAGUUCACACAUACAAUGACUAUCAAAGACCUGAGGAGGGAAACGGAUGUCUGAUAAUAUCCUACAUGUCACUUGCUUUCACCGCUCAGACAAGGGGGAGGUCCGUAGCGUGGCAGGGCAAGUGGUAAAGACACGCCAGUCACCACACCACGGGUCGAUAAUACCAUAACCCCAGUCACCAUUCCCUUCUGACUCGGGCUCGGCAGCGGCGGCGUGACUGCAGUGCUGCACUCGCGGGUCGCCGGUGACACGUGCAAACGGUGAAUCAAGCACCACGCUCUGAGAACCCUCCUGCCGCACGCCGCCGCCCUCCUCCUGCAGAAGUGCUAGUCGAGGGUGUAUGCAAAGGUGUGCCAGGCGAGGGUAUAGCGGUGUAGCCUGCGAGGUGUCAGUCAGUGGCGCGCAGAGGUGGAGCGGAGAUGGACUGGUACAGCGACUGGCCGAGGACGCUGGUGGGCCUCACGCUGGGCGCCGGCUGCCUCAUCUACUACCUCCUGGAUGCCGCCAAGGUUCCCUUGGUGGCGUGCCGGCCCGGGGCGUGGCGCGGGUUCCUGGAGCAGCACCUGAGUAUCCUGCAGGAGCGGUACUGGCCCACGCCCUGGUGUUAUGAGUCCCGCUGCCAGACCAUCAUGGCUUCUGUGCUGCGCGCCAGGCUGCCCGACAUCAACUACAGGAGAGAGGUGGUAAGACUGAAGGAUGGGGGGCAAGUGAGUCUGGACUGGUUGGAGGCUACAGGCGGAGGCGCUGACGGAGGCACUAAGGGACCGCCCGGGCUGGUGCUGGUGCUUCCUGGUCUGACGGGGAGCUCGCAAAGUGAAUACGUGAAGGGCGUGGUUCUGGAGCUGCAGCGGGCGGGCGUCACCUCAGCCGUGCUCAAUAACAGGGGCAUGGGUGGCCUUUCCUUGCUGACCACCAGGACGUAUUGCGCCGCGAACAGUGACGAUCUGGAGGAGGCGCUGGACUACCUGAAGGCGACACGGAAGGGGAUCCCUCUGUUCAUCAUCGGUAUCUCUCUUGGCGGACUCAUCACUGGAAACUACUUGGCGACGAGAGGCGAGGCUGCUGCAGAGAAGGUGGCGGCAGCAGCAGUGGUCUCGGUGCCUUGGAAUAUGGUGGAGGGGCUGCGGGGGAUGGAGAGGCCAAUCUGUAACCUUCUGCUCAACAAGUACCUCGCUUCCUGCCUGUGUGAGCUCGCCGACUCCUUCAGUUACCAGCUAGCGGGCGGCGACCAUGACUGGAACCUGGAUGAUGUGGUGAAGAGCAAGACGAUGAGGGAGUUUGACACACGGUUCACGGCUCGCCAGUUCGGUUGAGACGCAGACGACUACUACAGGUGCUCCAGCCUCCACAACCACCUGGACAGAAUCAGAGUGCCGCUGUUCUGCCUCAACGCUGCCGACGAUCCCUUCCAGCCCAUGCCAAUGCUGCCAAUAGAAGCUGCGCAGAGGUCCAGUCACGUGGCGUUGGUGGUGACCUCUCGCGGGGGUCACAUUGGCUUUAUGGAGGGUCUCUUCCCAAGCCGAGCCUACUACAGUGACCGCCUCUUGACCCAGCUGGCGAUCUCAAUCCUGACCAAUGACGAGACUAUUCAGGAGGUCAAGAAAGAGGCUAUGCAGUGGUUGACCUCCUCUUGUUAGUCUGUUAUGUCAGGUCACUGUGGGCCUUAAUUUUACCUAAUAUUGUUAUCUGAUUCUUGUUGGAAGGAUUUUUUUUGUGUUAAAUCUCCUUCGUCUUGUUAUUCUUGUCUGUACCUCCUCCUCUUCCUCCUCUUCUUCCUCCUCUUCUUCUUCCUAGGCUGUUAUGUUAGGUCAGUCCUCCAAGCCUUAAGCUGACCUAAUGUUGUUAUCUAAUAAUUGUUGAAGUUGUUUUUUGUUAAAUCUUUUUCUAGUCUCGUUUUGUCGUCUAGUCUUGUCUCUCGUCUUGUUUCUCUCUGGCUCAUCUCUUCUGUUUCUUUUCUCGUGUCUACAUCUGUCACUUCUCUCUGUCUGUCUGUCUGUCUCUCUCUGGUUCCUCUUUAUCAGCUGUCAGUUUGUCUCUAGUUCUCUCUCUGAUUAUUCCUUCUGUCUCUCUCUAAAGUUCUGGUGUUUUAAGGAAGCCCUGGUGUGUUGUCCGGGCUCCUUGUAUUGUUAAGUACUAUAUUCUCAUCUGCAGUGAGUUCUGGAGUGCUGAUCGAAGUAAGGGAGAAUCUAAUAUUUUAGAAAGCUAUUUUGCGAGUUCUCGAAAUAAAAGGUUUGAGAGACUCUAAGUAGAAAUGUUUAAAGGAUGAAAAAAAAAAAACGUAAAUAUUCUUUCUUAAACUGAAAUGUUACUUGUUUUUAAGAGUUGAAAUAUUAGAGAAACUGAAAUAUUUGCGUGGAAAAACUCAAAUUUCAUGAGGUUUAAAUUUAAGAGUCGAAGUAUUGGAGACACUUGGAAAAACUGAGAUUCCGCUACGCUUAAAUUUAGAAAGUCAUCGUUUUUUCUGGAGUUGAAGUAUUGGAAAAGAAAACGAAAGAAAAACAAAAUUGAACUAUUGCAGAUUCUAAAGUCAAGCGAAGUGUUGCAGCGGUCGGAAGUGUGUAGUUAAAGUCUCAUCUAGCUUAGUGAAUCAUUGCAAGUGUUUCGCUGCAGACCCGAAGAAGAGAAACAGUGUUACCAGUGAUAUAAGGGAAGCGAUACCGGUUUUAUGCAAGUGUGUGUGUGUGUGUGUGUGUGUGUGUGUGUGUGUGUGUGUUGCAGGAUCUGAUGGAGGUGGAGUGCUUGAAGGUUCUAAAGUGAAGGUUUACGAAGCAUUGGAAGGUGUGGAUCAAAGAAAAUGUAAAGAAGGUUGAGAUUGUUAGUUUUGUCUUUGUAAAUGAUGUAAAUAAAGAUGAAACUUAUAAA